AUGUCGCCCACAUUUCACUUCAUGUACAGCUCUGAGCCUCCCAGCACAGCCUGCCAGCACCCCACCGCAUCUCUCCUGCUAAGAGGCCGCCUGGGAGGCCACGUGGACGCUCUGAUGGCGCCGAGGCCGUCGCAACCAACUGUACUUUCGGAGCAGCACUUUCAGAACUGUACUUUCCGAGCAGCACUUUCAGAACUGUACUUUCCGAGCAGCACUUUCAGAACUGCACUUUCGGAGCAGCACUUUCAGAACUGUACUUUCGGAGCAGCACUUUCAGAACUGUACUUUCAGAAGAGUAAUAACAAAAAAUCGAGAACCACACUUCGAGAACAGAACAUCGAGAACCACACUUCGAGAACAGAACAUCGAGAACCACACUUCAAGAACAGAACAUCGAGAACCACACUUCAAGAACAGAACAUCGAGAACCACACAUCAAGAACAGAACACCGAGAACCACACUUCGAGAACAGAACACCGAGAACCAUACUUCAAGAACAGAACACCGAGAACCACACUUCAAGAACAGAACACCGAGAACCACACUUCGAGAACAGAACAUCAAGAACAGAACAUCGAGAACCACACAUCGAGAACAGAACACCGAGAACCACACUUCGAGAACAGAACAUCGAGAACCACACUUCAAGAACAGAACACCGAGAACCACACUUCGAGAACAGAACAUCGAGAACCACACUUCGAGAACAGAACAUCGAGAACCACACAUCAAGAACAGAACAUCGAGAACCACACAUCAAGAACAGAACAUCGAGAACCACACUUCGAGAACAGAACAUCGAGAACCACACUUCAAGAACAGAACACCGAGAACCACACUUCGAGAACAGAACACCGAGAACCACACAUCAAGAACAGAACACCGAGAACCACACUUCGAGAACAGAACAUCGAGAACCACACAUCAAGAACAGAACAUCGAGAACCACACUUCGAGAACAGAACAUCGAGAACCACACUUCAAGAACAGAACAUCGAGAACCACACUUCGAGAACAGAACAUCGAGAACCAUACUUCGAGAACAGAACACCGAGAACCACACUUCGAGAACAGAACAUCGAGAACCACACUUCGAGAGCAGAACAUCGAGAACCACACUUCGAGAACAGAACACCGAGAACCACACUUCGAGAACAGAACAUCGAGAACCACACUUCAAGAACAGAACAUCGAGAACCACACUUCAAGAACAGAACACCGAGAACCACACUUCGAGAACAGAACAUCGAGAACCACACUUCGAGAACAGAACAUCGAGAACCACACAUCAAGAACAGAACAUCGAGAACCACACUUCGAGAACAGAACAUCGAGAACCACACUUCGAGAACAGAACAUCGAGAACCACACUUCGAGAACAGAACACCGAGAACCAUACUUCGAGAACAGAACACCGAGAACCAUACUUCGAGAACAGAACACCGAGAACCACACUUCGAGAACAGAACAUCGAGAACCACACAUCAAGAACAGAACAUCGAGAACCACACUUCAAGAACAGAACACCGAGAACCACACUUCAAGAGCAGAACAUCGAGAACCACACUUCGAGAACAGAACACCGAGAACCUCACUUCGAGAACAGAACACCGAGAACCACACUUCGAGAACAGAACACCGAGAACCACACUUCGAGAACAGAACAUCGAGAACCACACUUCGAGAACAGAACAUCGAGAACCACACUUCGAGAACAGAACAUCGAGAACCACACUUCGAGAACAGAACACCGAGAACCUCACUUCGAGAACAGAACACCGAGAACCACACUUCGAGAACAGAACAUCGAGAACCACACUUCAAGAACAGAACACCGAGAACCACACUUCGAGAACAGAACACCGAGAACCACACAUCGAGAACAGAACAUCGAGAACCACACUUCGAGAACAGAACACCGAGAACCAUACUUCAAGAACAGAACACCGAGAACCACACUUCUAGAACAGAACACCGAGAACCACACAUCAAGAACAGAACAUCGAGAACCACACUUCGAGAACAGAACACCGAGAACCUCACUUCGAGAACAGAACAUCGAGAACCACACUUCAAGAACAGAACACCGAGAACCACACUUCGAGAACAGAACAUCGAGAACCACACAUCAAGAACAGAACACCGAGAACCAUACUUCAAGAACAGAACCUGGAGAACAGUACUUUCAGAAUGACUUUCCCGAGAGCGUGCAUCGGCUCUCACUCCCCCGCGCCGGCAACCUUUUCCUUUGUACUGAUGUGUUCUUUGUGAUCACCAGGGCUAAAUUAUCUAUUCUUCUUCAUUGUGAAUAUCUGUCCUACAUGGUUACAGGUGGAAGAGAAACAGUCAUGGGGUCCAGCAACGAGGCGCGCGUGUGCGCUCACCACCACUUCACAAGCGUAACUGAGCCUCUGACGUCACCGCAGGGGGUUCUCAACCCUUCUUGGCCCGAAUUUAACGAGACAAUUACUCGCACUCAAUUAGCGAAUCGGCUCCUCUUGAGGUUAAUUUUUGACUUCGCGAGCGAGUUGUGGAGGAUUGGAGAGUGCGAGGAGGUUCUGAGGGUGAAGAAAGCAGAAAACUUAAGCCAGUUGACAGUCAUGACGCAAGCGCGGGACACAGCUGGAGGAGGAGGAAGCUUGACACAUCAGCUUUAG